AUGUCAUUCGCACGGGUGCCCGUGCGGGCAGGACAUGCGGGAGGUUUCACACUGAGAGCCGCUGCUUUGCCCGCCUUGACGACGCCUGGCGCACUGAGUUUGGUGAUGACGUCGAGCGCCCUCGCUGGGCGGAGUUGUUUAGGUAUAGCCGCUGCUGCUCUAGGUGCUAGUGCGUCUGGUACUCCCCCUGGUACUGCGCCUGCUGAGGCCCUGCACAACUUCACGUUGGACUCCGGCACCUCGCGCUGUUUCUUUCGUUACAGCACCACUCUCACUCCUCUUCCUGCACCUGUUCCGGUCAGACUGGCUGACCCCUCUGGGGGCCCGGUCGUUGCCAGUUCCUCCACUGUCCUCCCGUGUCCGGCGGUUCCGUCGGGCUCACUGUCUGGUCUUCACCUCCCCUCGUUCUCUACGAACUUGGUGAGUACCGCUACCCUUCAGGAUGCGAUGGUCACUACCACCACUCCUGGGGGUCAGCGUGUGUCGAUCUGCACGUGCACACGGACAGGGCGUCACCUGGCUACGUUCACUCGUCGGCCAGGGUCGAGUCUGUACACACUGGCUACUGAGCCUCCUCAGAUCGCUGCGUCUGCUCAGGUGUCCGCGUCAGGUCAGGUAGCCGCCUCUUGCUCGUGUCGCCUCCUGUCGCACCAGACUCUUCUUUGGCACCACCGCCUGGGUCACCCCUCCCUGCCAUGCCUUCGUGGCAUGCACUCCCGUCUCCUUGUCUCUGGUCUCCCCAGGUCUCUGCCUCCCCUGCCGCCCUCUCCUGCCCCGCCCUGUCUUCCUUGCGUCGAGGGGCGGCAGCGCGCCGCUCCUCACUCCUCCUCGUUUCCCCCGACGACUGCUCCCCUGCAGACCCUCCACAUGGACGUGUGGGGCCCAGCCCGCGUCAGUGGACAGGGCCGCGAGCGCUACUUUCUGCUGGUAGUUGACGACUACACGCGGUACACCACAGUCUUCCCCUUGCGCACCAAGGGUGAAGUCUUUGCUGUCUUGAUCCCUUGGAUCCGCACGGUCCGUCUCCAGCUGCGCGAGCGGUUCGGCCAGGACCUUCCUGUCCUGUGUCUGCACUCUGACAGAGGUGGUGAGUUCUCCUCCGACCUCUUGCGGGACUUUUGUCGUGGGGAGGGCAUUCUCCAGUCGUUCAUGCUUCCGGACUCCCCUCAGCAAAAUGGGAUUGCUGAGCACUGCAUUGGCUUAGUCAUGGAGGUCGCUCGUACCUCCAUGAUCCAUGCGGCCGCUCCCCAUUUUCUGUGGCCGUUUGCGGUCUGGUACGCUGCGCAUCAGCUCAACCUUUGGCCCCGUGUCUCCUUGCCGGAGACCUCGCCCACGCUGUGUUGGACGGGGAAGGUUGGCGAUGCGUCGGUGUUCCGGCAGUUUUACCACCCCACCUCGCGCCGUGUCCUCCCUUCUCAGGACGUCACGUUCGACGAGUCGGUUCCCUUCUACCGUCUCUUCCCCUACCACUCUGCCCCUUCCCCGCCCCCGCCGCUCUUCCUUGCUCCCGGUCCACCUCCGGUAGACCCCCUUCCGCCCCAGGGUCCUGCUCCCUCGGGAGUGUCUCAGGUAGACCGUCUCCCUGGUACUGCGCCUGUUCAGGUAGCUGUCGUCUCAGGUGCUGCUCCAGGUGCUGCGUCUGGGGGUGCUGCGUCUGGGGGUGCGGAGCCGGGGGGUGCGGGGUCUGAGGGUGCUGGGUUUGGGGGUGCUGAGCCUGAGGGUGUUGAGCCUGGGGGUGCUGAGUCGGAGGGUGCGGAGCCUGGGGGUGCUGAAUCGGAGGGUGCGGAGUCUGGGGGUGCUGAGCCUCGGGGUGCUGCUUCGUCUGGAGGUCCUGCUGGUGCUUCACCGCGACUGUCCUCGCAGCAGCUGCGUGAGUGGCUUGUUCAGCGCCCACACCGUCGGAGUGGAGCUCCUGUGGCUGGCGAGCCUGGAGACGCUGGAGCUGGAGGUGCUGCUGUUACUACUAGAGCUGGAGACCCUACGGAGCCUGGAGCAGUUGGCGCCGGAGGCGCUGGAGCUGGUGUAGCUGGAGUUGGAGGCCCUAGAGCAAGAGGCGCUGGAGCUGCAGGGGCUGGAGCUGUUGACCCUGGAGCUGGAGGUGCUGGAGGCACUGUGCGGCCGCGCUCGUACUUCGUUCCCCUGCUUCAGGAGGUUCUUGGUGUCCCGUCUUCUACUGGUCUUCCUCCUCCCUUCCUCUGUCCACCGCCUGACCAGUCGCAGCCGCCGUUACAGCCCGCCUCCCCACUGCCUGUUCCCUCUCCUUACACUGAGCGGUCUGGAGGUCUUACAGAGCGUCGUGAGCCUGCGUCUCGUCCUGUCUCGCAUGUUCGCACUGCUCGUCGCGCUCCUCGUUCACGUCCUCCUCCUGUCCCGGGCACGCACACUAUGGCACUCCGUCCUUCCUCUGUUCCACUGCGUGUUCCUCUGCCUGCUCCUCCUGAGUCCUCUCUUCCUGAGGCCCCUGACCCUGAGUCUGACCGAGCGCGUGCUGCCAGUCCCACUGUCGCUCGUCUCCUUGCCACUGCUGUCACUGACCAUUCCUUUUAG